AUGGGCAUCAGUGUGGGCAUGGGAAGAUCCGCCCUUGCAGAGUCGAAGACUCAACGGUUUGGCUUAACCGAGACGGGCGUGCCUGCCCUAGGUGCGCGGGUGCGGGUGCUGGUGCCAACUAUAGUUACAGAGUACCGUACCGAGCAUACAGUCACAAUCACCACUGCGCGCAUGCAGCAUACAUAG